AUGGAGCUCUGGAACUCCACCUCGGGAAAUGGCUUCACAAUGGUGGAGAUUCUGAAUGACAGUGGGUCUCCUGAACUGCUCUGUGCCAUAAUCGCUGCCCUGUACAUGUUGGCCCUGACCAGCAAUGGUCUGCUGCUCUUGGUCAUUAUAAUGGAUUCCUGGCUCCAUGUGCCAAUGUACCUUCUACUUAGCCAGCUCUCUCUCAUGGACUUGAUGUUUGCAUCUGUAGUUACUCCCAAAAUGCUUGUGGAUUAUCUGCGUGGAAAGAACACCAUCUCCUUUGAAGGCUGCACCUUUCAGAUGUUAGUAGUUCUCAUUUCAGGAGGUGCAGAGGACAUACUACUGGUGUUCAUGGCCUAUGACAGGUAUGCAGCUAUUUGUCAUCCUCUCAACUACAUGGUACUCAUGAGGCCAAGGAUAUGCUGGCUCAUGAUAGCCACAUCUUGGAUCCUAGCAUUCCUGAAUGCUGUGAUACUCACCUCAUAUACUAUGCACUUUCCUUUCUGCAUGUCCCGGAAAAUCAACCACCUGCUCUGUGAGAUCCCAUCCUUGCUGAAACUGGCCUGUGCAGAUACCUCCAUAUAUGAGCUUGUGGUAUAUGUGAUAGGUGUGAUUUUUCUCAUGCCUACCCUUGGUGCUAUCCUUGCCUCUUAUACAUUUGUCUUAAUUGCUGUCCUUCACAUGUCCUCAGAUAAGGGAAGGAAGAAAGCCCUCAUCACAUGCUCUUCUCACCUGACUGUGGUAGGAAUGUACUAUGGAUCUGCCAUGUUUAUGUACAUCCAGCCCAAUUACUACCAUAGUCCCCAGCAGGACAACAUCCUCUCUGUAUUUUAUACUAUCAUUACUCCAACACUGAACCCUCUUAUCUAUAGUCUGAGAAACAAGGAAGUAAUGGAAGCCUUCAAGAGAGUCCUGGGGAGACUCACUUCUGUCCAGAGAUGGUAG